GUCAAGUUUGUCUUUUCUAUCUGAAAUGCUUCAUCUGUUAAUAGCGGCUCCUAGCAAUUAUAUGGUUGUCGUCAUCGCAUACUUUGAAUAUUGCCCAGAGACAAGCAUAAGGGAUAGAGUACUCAGGGCUCUGAGGAAUCAAUAUGUCAAUAAUUGGCUUGAGCUGCGUUGCAGUUUUAAUCAGCACAUGGGCCGAACUGUCCAAUCUCUGCAAUAGUUCAUUCUUAGACGCUCGCCUAUCUUUUAUUCUCUCGCUCUCCUGUCUGAUGAGGCUUUCCACCC